CAGCUGUCAAACAAUUGUAAAUAUUUCACUGUGGAGUGAAUACAUAUUAUUGAAUUUGUAUUUAUAGGCACUAUACACAAUGGAAGUAAUUAAUGAACUAAACAAAUUAGAUCUAGACAGUCUUGAUGAAGAAUGGAUGCAAGCAAUAUACUAUGCAGAGUUUCUUGAAUUUGGUGAAAUUCCACCUGAAUAUGAAAGAGUCUUGGAGUCCAUAAACAUUAAAAAAGUUUUUCACAAUAUAAUGAAAUCAAUUGAUACAUGGCUGAAUGCGGAAAACUCAGAGGAAGAAAAGUCUUGGACGACCCUUUCUCACCAAGUUAACCAUCAGAAACUGUUAGCACUUUUGGCUUAUUACAUUGAUUAUGGUGGUAAAAAUGUCCAUACAUUAGAGUAUAGAAAUAAUACAUUGCUAUCUUCAAGAUUAUACUUUAAGCUAUUAUCAAUUCCUGGGUACAAAGCCUACCACAUAUAUCAUUCGCAAUUAUUUGCACAUUCCCUAGUUUGCCUAAGUUUCCCCAAAGUUAUGUGUGAAAAUGAAGAUAACUACUUCAACACAAGGGAGCUUACUCGUGAAGUUAAUUCAGUUAUUAGAGAACUGCAACAUUUUGUACUGGAUCUUAGAGCUGUUAUUGAGAAGUUACAUUUAAACCCCACAGAUAUGAAUUUUGAGGAUAUUCUUAGUAAUCUGGUUGAUAUCACAGGAGGUGCUAUUGUAAAUAAGCUCAAUGUUGAUAAAAUUGAUUUGGCAAAUGUGUCCAGAGUAAUAUAUGAAAUGAUAGAUAUUUUGAUAUGUGACUCCAAUAGAGAUGUAAAUGAAUCAGCUAUAAGGCUAUUAUUCAAGUGUAUUCUCCCUAAACUUGUGGCAGCUUCUGUGGAUUGCAGAAAUGCUAAUAACUUAGUCCGAGCUUCCUAUGUUACAUAUUCUGGGCUACUCCUCACCAAGUAUGGUAAGGCAGCAUUGCCUGGAUAUAUUGUACUAUUACAGCAUCUUUGUUACACCUUAGAUGGUUUGGAACGAGCAGAAGUGAGGUCGGCGCGCGUGUCGCUUGUGUUUGGCUUGAUGAGUCUACUACCAAAGAAGUCAUACAAAAAAAUUGUCAAGUGGCUUCUUACAUUGUCAACUACUUCUAAAGUCUCCCACAGACAAAUUGCUAUGGAACUGCUAGCAAAAUUACUGAGUAAUGACUCUGAGGAACAAAAGCCAAAAGGGACAACAGAUCUAGUGAAUCCAGAAAACCCUGAACAAGAUAAAGGAGACAAGCCAGAGGGCGAAGUAGCCAACAAUACUGAAACCAGUCAGACAGAGAAUACCAAUGAGGAAGCCGAGCCCGCCACGCAGCUCGCACCCUCCACUGACGACGACAGCAGCCAGGAAAGCCAACCAGCUCCAUUAGAAGAAGAUAUGACAGAGGACGAAGUGGCAGGCUUGCUUCGGCAGCGCGCGCACACGGUGCCGCACCUGGAGAUCCUGCACGCCGUGUACGAGCGCCUGCACGACGUGUCCAGCACGCUGCGGGCCCGUGCACUCGCCAUACUGACCGACAGCCUCGCCUCCGAACAUGAGCCCUUACAACUAGCUGUCAAGGAACUGAACGCGGCGGGUCCGGAAGCGGGCGCGGUGUCCCGCUUGCUGGCGGCGGGCGCGCGCUGCGUGUGCGACGAGCGCGCGGCGGUGCGGCGCGCGGCUGUGCCGCUGCUGCAGCGUCUGCUGGGGCCGCCGGCCGUGCCCGCCGCACAGGACCUUCUGAUACUGGUGGGUCUGUGUCGCGACGCGAGCAUCCUGGUUCGCUCGGCGAGCGUCGCGGCGCUCGGCGAGCUGCUGUGCCAGGCGCCGUCGGACGCCUUGUUCGACGCCUUCCUCUCUGGACCCAUGCACCAGCUCUCCGACCCAGAAAUUAAGGUACAAGAUCAAGUGGUGACCCUACUGCAGCAGAUAGUGAUCUCGCGCCUGCAGAAGUACGACGCGGGCGAGGAAGACCCCCUGCCCUGGAUGUUUCUGGGCGGAGUGACGCGGCACAACAUGAGGAGGCAUCUCAUGAAGGCUUGCUCACUGCUAGCUAAGACUGAAAACCCUAUAAACAUCCGCACCAUAGACACGCUGAGUACCCACCUGGGGGUGAAGGAUGACGCGCGUGACCUGCAAUGUCUCGUGUUGCUGACAAGCGCCGCGAAGCUUGUCAACUACUCCGAAGUAGGCUUCAUCUUGGAAUAUUAUUACAAACUGACAGACGACACUAAGGCCCGCGACUGUCGGCUGCUGCCGCUGACGCUGGAGCUGCUCAGCUCGUGGUCGCGCUGGAGCACGGCCGCCGCGCGCUCGGAGCUCAGGGAGCACCUCGUGCGGAGGCUGGCUGCUGCGCCCACUGACGAUUGUAGAAUAGCGUCUGCUGCGCUAGCAGCACAACUCGAUCCAACCAACCUGACAUGGGCCACAGAACUAAUGCAACUAUCGGAGUCUCGCGCCGUGUGGGGCGGCUCAGUGGCGGAGUGGGUCCGCGCCGCCGACCUGUCGCUGCAUGCGCCUGCGCCGCCGCGUCCCGACCUGCUGCGCCUGUUCCUGCGCGCGCUGCAGCACCCGCCGCCAGAGUGGGACGAGAGUUCACUGGGCGCGAUGGUGGCGGGCGCGGGGCGGCUGUGCGUGCGGUCGCGCGAGUCCGCUGCGCAAGUGGCGCCCGCGCUGGCCGCACUGCUGCAGGAGCCGCAGGCGACGUUAGCGCCGCGGCUCAACGCUCUGCGCGCGCUCACUGACAUCUGCACCAGAUACACGUGCAUCGUGGACCCGCUGCUGCCCGCUAUCUGCGGCUGCCUAGGUGUCCACACCGCGCCGCCGCUGCGUCGCGCAGCUGCGCGUGCGCUCACACGGCUGUUACUCGCCGGCUACUUGCGACUGCGCACGCCUCUGUAUUACACGUUCUGCGCGUUGCUGGCGGAUGACGACCACGACGUGCGCGAGCCGGCGGAGUACUACGUUACCAGCUGCCUCUCGCCCGACACCAUCUACCAUCACUUUGUGGACUGCGUACUACACUACAACAGCGACAGACAGACAGAGAACAUAUCGUUCGACGCCCGUCAGCUGAUCUACGACGUGAUGCUGCAGCGGCUAUCCCUAGUGCAGAAGCUGAACGUGCAAUGUCGGCUGGCGCGCGAGGUGCUGCAGCACGCGGCCGACCAGUGCGACGAGGUCGACGACCUCCCGCCGGGGCUCCACGCGGCGCUGCUCGACACCAUCACGCUGCUCUGCGGCGUGCGCAUGAAACUGCCCAAAAAACCACAAAACACGGGCGACGCAGACAUAGACGACUUACAGGAGCGUGUCACCACGAAUAUAGUAUCACAUAAAAUGAAGCGCACGGUGGCGGAGGUGCUGGUGCCGGCGGUGCUGCGGCUGUACGCGCGGCUCGGCGCGCGCGGCGGACAGCUGGCCGUCUACCUCGUGCGCAUCGCCACCGACCUGCUCAGCGACUACCGCCAGGAGAUCGAGGAGCUGAUCGAGAACGACGAGGAGUUAGUGGUGCGCAUCCAGCAGUUUCAGGAGAACAUCGGACAGGAGCAGUCGUUCGGCAACAGCCGCAACCUCGUGACCAGGUCGGCGCCGCCCGAGCCCGACACGCCCCGCGCCCCGCGCCGCCGCCUCGCGCGCUCCGCCGUCGCGCCGCCGCGCAAGCGAGCGCUCAGAAUAUAGAUUGUACAAUUCUUCUUCUUCGUGUCGACUUUAAUUAUACAUUAAGAUGUUUAGGAGGUUUGGGUAACUGGUUAAGAAUGUCUGUCAAUGAUGGUCUCGUGUUUGUAAUAAAAUAAAAUUGUAAUAUAUAUAUAUAUAUAUAUAUAUAUAAUAAAACUACGUAUUUUAAGUGCAAAUGGCUAAGCCAACAAAUAUCUAGAUAUUAUGAAGAUACACAAUGAAUUAUAUGCAAUGUUUUGGUCAAUAU